GCCGAAUGUAGGUGUUUCCCGCAGACAGGGAGUGGCGUGCGUGCGAGUCGGUCGCGUCCAAUGCCCGAGCCGACGCUGGACCCGGUGCUGCGGAAGCGGCUCUACAUACGCUACAAGCAGCGCGCGUACCGGCAGAAGAUCGUGUCCGAGAUCGAGGCGCUGCAGGCCGAAGCGGCUAUCCUCGAGCGCCACGUCGCGCGCUUGACCGCGAAGAAGCAGCGCCUGAGCUGGAAAGACGUCGCAUUAGGCCUCCACGACGACGUGGUCAUUGCGCGCCGCUCGACGACGAUGCUGCAGGCCAAGCGCAAGGCGUAUCUAGAUAUCGUCACCGCCAUGACCAAAUGGAUUGCCAUCCAAAAAGGGAUCCAGACGCCGCCAUCGCUUCGACCAACGUGGCGCAACGUUACACUGGUCAGCAAUGCCACGUCGCGCAAGUUGGGCUUUGACUGGAUCACGAAGAACGUGCAUUUUCACACGGACAAGAUGCUCGAGACGUUUGGCUUUCCGUCGCCGCGAGCGCCGCAGUCGGUGCUCGACUUUUACGUCGACACGGCCGACGCCGAGUGCUUGCAGUAUGUGCUGCGCUGCCAGCAGGACCUUCCGAUCCCGAUCGAGUACGUCGUGCCGGCGAUCCGAGACAACGUCGUCUCGUUUCUGAUUGGCGCGCUCUGGGACUAUGAAGGGCGCGAGAUGCAAGAAAAAGUCGCCGAGCCGCUCGACAUGGAGCUGCUGCAAGAACCGACCGAUCGGAUGCGCUACACCCGCAACGUGCUCUCGAAAGACGAGUCCAUCUACUACCUCACGCGCGAGUUCCCUUCUCAUAACCGGGUCACGUUUGUGGGCCAAAACAUCCAUGAGGACGAGCUCUUGCCCAAGAGCCAGCGCCAAUGCAACCGCAACUUUUGGUUCGUCCUCGACCGCCUCGGGCCCGCGAUGACGCGCCUCCGUGUGCUCUACACCACGUCGCAUUACUUUACAGCCCAUGGGUACGUCUCGCUCGACGACGAAGCGCGCUAUUGGGGCUGCGACCUCUCGACGACGCCGGACGCCAAGAAGGCAGCGGUGUUCCAUCGCUAUGCCACGGAUGUGGGCACCGAGUUUGCGCGGCUUGGCGCCCAGCAGAUCGCCCGCGGCUUCGGCGGUUGA